AUGAGCAACGCACUGGAGUGGCUUGUCGAACAUGAGCCGGGCUUCAGAAGGUCUCGUCUUCCCGCCUUGUAUUCCGACUUUCGAGGCCAGCGUACCACAAACCCAGAUGGCUUUCAAGCCAACAUAUCAGCCUGGCGACAUGGUCUAGCCAGCCUCGUACGCGCAGGCUUUGCAGAGUCAGGCUCAUCAGUGUCCACCCCAAACCACGUCGUCUUAAACGCCGACGAAUCCCUCCUCCGAGCCCUCGAGAGCAAACAGUACGGAAGCCCCCUCGCCCUCGGCGCCGUCAUAAGAGAAGCCGCACAGCAUAAGGAUCUCGUGCCGCUGCAGGAGUUCUUGAGCGCACAGCAGAGCAUAUACUACAAGUCAUGGGGCUCCAUACCCUGGAGCAUCGCCUCGUGGGGCUUCAGGCAGCUGGGUCUGACUGGGGCCUUCACAUUUGGCAGUGAAGACCGACUACCAGGCGGACAGUUCGUGGUCAUAGCGAAUCUGGAGGCCGCAUCUAGGUCAGUGCUUGAGCAGACCACGGGCCUGACUUCUCGCUUUGAGAGGACCUUCUCCAAGGUGCAGUUCCAGACGGAGUUCAGAGACGCGAUAUUGAAGGGCCAGAAGCUGUCAGAGACAGACUUGGAGGUCUUGUUGAGAUUCAUGUCGCGGGACCAAGGACUGCUACUCUACGAUGGCAAGACGAUCAAGCUCAAAACCACCGGUGUCAACGACACAAUGAUUACAGCCGAGGACGAGACGAUCGCAUCGCUCAAGGAGUUGACCGAGUAUCUGGAGCAUCAGACGGCGGUGCUGGAGAAGAAAAUUGAGGAGCUUUCCAUCACAGCUAAGGAGGCGGUUGCUAAGAAGAACCGCGUCUCCGCUCUCGCGGCUCUGAAAUCCAAGAAACUGGCCGAGUCGUCCCUGCAGAAGCGGUUCGCCACGCUCAGCCAGCUCGAAGAGGUGUCGGCCAAGAUCGAGCAGGCAUCGGACAACGUCCAGCUGGUCAAGGUCAUGGGCUCCAGCACAGGCGUCCUGAAGAGCCUCAACGCACAAGUCGGCGGCGCAGAAGGCGUCGAGGAGGUGGUGGACCACCUGCGUGAGCAGAUGAGCCAGGCCGACGAGGUAUCCAGCAUCCUCGCGGAGCAAGCACCGGUCGUUGACGAGAGCGAGAUCGACGACGAGCUCGAGACCAUGUUGCGGGAGGAGAAGAGCAGGGAGGAAGAGGUCGAGCGUGCAAAGACGGAGGCCGAGGAGAGAAAGCAGGCCGAGGCCACGGCAAGGAGGAUACAGAGGAAGACCCGUCAGAGGAGCUUAGUCAAAUGUCGUUGGGGAAGACGCCACAAGCGCAGGUAGAAGGGUGAUCUGAGACGCCGCGUAGCAUAGGAAAUACACUGAAGGUUUUAAGCAAGACUUGCAUGUGUUCAUAGCGUGUGUAUAUAUAGGUGGCUUUGGAUGACUUCUCCAUACAGACGAGACAAUUAUGUGACUGCAUCGCACCG